AUGGCCACUUGGAUCCAAUUUCUUCUCUGCUUUAAUAUCGCACUCUGUCUUUUGAGUGUAGGAGCAAUUGACGAUCAAGAACAACAUUUACCAAUUGUUCAAGUCAUCAAUUCAUUACCUCCAAACUCACAAACACUGCAAGUUAGCUGCGAUACCGAGAAUAUUGAUUUGGGUGAACACACACUUUCUGUAGGUCAAGUCUACGAAUGGAAAGUUGAGAAGAAGUCUAUAUAUUACUGCGCAGCUCAAUGGAAACUAUAUUUUGCUUCGUGGCAUGCGUUUGAACUACCUAGAGAUGAGAAUCGAGAAAUGGUGUAUUGGGCAGUGAGGAAAGAUGGGUUUUAUCUUAGCUGGGAUAAAACCAAGUGGGUGAGGAAUUCUACUUGGGAAACUGAGUGA